AUGUCUAAGCAAUUCUUACAACAUAAAUAUCAAAUUUUAGAAAAGAUUGGAAGUGGUUCUUUCGGAUCUGUUCGUAAAGUACUAGAUCUAAGUACUAACACUUAUUUGGUUAGGAAAGAAAUCAAGUUCAGUCACAUGUCAAUAAAGGAAAGACAACAAUUAAUUAACGAAUGCAAGAUUUUAAGCAGUUUAAAACACCCAAACAUUGUUGAGUUUGUGACGUUUGAUUAUAAAGAUGGGGUAGUUUACAUAUACAUGGAAUACUGUGAUGGUGGAGAUUUAUCGCAUUUAAUUCGAGAUUUUAGAGAAAAAUAUAAAAAAAAAAUGCCUGAAUAUUUGAUUUGGAGAAUAUUGGUCCAAAUAUCCCUGGCAUUGUGGAGAUGCCACUAUGGUCUGGAUUACCCACACUUAAAUCUAAUCUUUGAUAAAGUUAAAAAGCCAGAAAGUAAUAAUCACGAUGCCAUUGUAAUACACAGAGACAUUAAACCUGGAAAUAUAUUUUUAACAAACAUAAAAGACGGAUAUCCUUUCAAUGAAGUAAUGGCUAAAUUGGGGGAUUUUGGUUUGGCUAAAAGUUUAAAAAGUAAAAAUCAAUUUGCCACAACCUAUGUUGGAACACCCUAUUAUAUGUCACCGGAGCUGCUUAAAGAUAAACCAUAUUCUCCAUUGAGUGAUGUUUGGUCACUUGGUUGUUGCAUAUAUGAAAUGUGUAGUUUGCGGCCACCGUUCAAGGGAGCCAAGAAUUUUACAGAUUUGGAAAAUAGAAUUGUUGCUGCUGUUUAUGAGCCCGUCAGCGACUUUUAUUCAAAAAGUUUAAGAAAUAUAAUAGAUAGAUGUAUUACGGUUGAUUUAAGAGAUAGAUAUUCUGUAAUGGAUAUUUUAAACGAUAUCCAAGCCAAGAUUAUGGCCAAGUCGCUACAGUUAGAAUUGUUUGAAAAACAAUUAUUGGCAUAUGAAAAGGAACUUGUAAAUAUUGAAAAACAUUUAGAACAAAGAGUCACAGAAAACAGAUAUUAG